UCACAUGAGCAAAUUAUGCAAACGAUAACCUUAUGUAGAAAUGCAAAAUAAGACUGUGUAUAGUACAUUCAAUAUGGUCUAACCCUUCACUAAACCUGGCACAUAGCAAGAGCUUAAUUAGUAGUUAGUGAACCUGGAUGACUCUUUUUCUUUCUGUUAAUAGUUGUUGAAAGUUUCAUUUCUCAUGUCGCCACGCCACCUUGAUUAUUUGUGUCCUUUAACUCUUAGUCAUCCUAAAGGUUGUUUAUUAAUGGAAUACACUAUUGAUCCUCUGGCCUUUUGAUGGUGGAAACACAUGUAUAAUGCACCAGAUUGACAACACUAGUAAUUUUCUCUUAUUCGCGUCUGUAUUUAACCAUUACUCUUGUGUAGUUCUGAAUAUUAGCCUUAAAUGGGGACAUUUCUUGGACAUCUAGUACCUGGCUUGGCCUUAGCCCUCCUUGGUUUUUGGCAUACAAUUAGUACUAUUAGAGCUAACUAUCAUAAUGGAACUACAAAAUUCAAAUCAAGGUUUUGGUACCCUUUUAAGGCUACUCCCUUUCCUACUCUACAACACAUCGAUCUCAUUCUUGUCUUGUCGUUCUCCUUAUUUUGCAUAGUUAUCCAGUUCAUAGACUUACCUUCUCUUCACUUAUCAUUGAAGCUUCAUAACAUUGAACAUGCUACUAUGUUCCUUCACUUGACUGUAUUCGCGGGUUUUACUCUUCUUGCUGAGAUAAGCAACUUACAUGAGAUCCUACAUGGGAUUUUAGGCAUACUUGCUAUGUCUAUUUUUGGUCAGGAGCUUUUCUUGCUUCAUUAUCAUUCAACUGAUCAUGUAGGACUUGAAGGUCAUUACCACUGGCUAUUGCAGCUUGUGGUGUGUAUUGCCCUUAUCUCGGCUGUUGUUGUCACUUGCUUCCCUUCUUGUUUCCCCGCAGCACUUGUUCUUUCAAUUUCAGUCAUUUUCCAAGGUGUUUGGUUUAUGAACAUGGGAUUUAGUCUAUGGUUUCCUCACUUUGUUCCACAAGGAUGUGUUAUGCAAUCAAGUGAAGGUCCUGAAAACAGCUCUGUGCAUGGAGCGAUCAUGUGUCAAACGGAUGAAGCUGAUACAAGAGCACGAGCUAUGGCGAACUUGCAGUUUAGCUGGGUAAUUGCAGCUAUCUUGAUUCUUGUGUCUGGUAUUUCCCUUAUGUUCGCCAAAAAUCGAGCAGAUAGGACUCUAUUGUCUAAGUAUGAACAGCUUCAGAAUAGAGGCAGAGACAACCCUGUAACAAUUAAUUGCUUGAAGUAAACUAGUAAAUAAAGAAAUGUACAUUAGGCAUCAAAUUGCAAACAUAAAUGAACUUCAAUCGAUGUGUGGGGAGGACGAGUUAUGGGGUGUCUUCGUGGUACUAGUCCCGUGUAUUGCAGUCACUAGACUGUCUAGCCGUACUUAUCAAUUGAACGAAAGUUAAAAUUAGUUU